AUUUGUGACGGCCGUAUAUCCCUCAGCAAAAGAUGAUGUUAUUACUUCACCCUACAACAGUGUUCUAGCAAUGAGAGAACUUACAGAGCAUGCACACUGUGUUCUGCCUAUCGAAAAUCAGGCUCUAAUAGAUAUUGUCGGCAAGAUAACACAAGCCAUUCCAUCAUCUAAAACUGGGAAGAGAGUUUAUGGCAGCUCAGUGAAGUCAGAUAGUGCCCUGUCUGCUGGGGAUGGGGGUGUUGCCAAGAAGGCCGAUGAGCGGCCUUUUGAUCAGAUGAACAACUUGGUUGCUAACCUGCUGCUGAACAUGACCAGCUCAGCGAGAUUUGAAGGAUCUCUCAACGUGGAUCUUAAUGAAAUAACAAUGAAUCUGGUUCCAUUCCCAAAACUGCACUAUCUGGUGGCCAGUCAGUCACCAUUGUACUCAUCGGCAGAUGUUCAGCUUCCACUGCGGCGACCAGAUGUUUUCAGAUGCCUUUUCCAGUGA